AUGUUACCCCCAGGGACUUAUAAGGCGCCUGUCCCUGCUGCUGCUGCACCAGCCUCAACAAAAGCCAGGGGCCCCCGAGGGGGCCCACUGGGUGCGUCCCCUAAAGGGCGUAAACAUGAAGGCGGGGAGGAGGAGCUGUCUGCAGCCGAGUCGGCAGCAGCAGCAGUACUAGAAGAGGUUGUUUCUGCUGGUGCUGCACUAAUCCACAAGCGAGCAGAAGACCGACGCUGCUUCGUUUUUGCUGCAGAAGACGCCACACGCAGCCUGCUCGAUAUCUUACGUCUUUGCUACUUAACCAUAGACCUGGGGGAGCCAGGUGACCUCACAGGGGCCCCUGAGAAGUUAUUGGGCAACCCAGCAGAUGAGCAGUCCCAAACAAUCGGAACUGAGAGCUCCGCGGGGAAACUCCAAACAAUCGCUUCCCUGGCAGAGGGCGAGGAAGGCUUUGGAUCGCAAGUCUCCUCAAGAGUCCUCUGGGAUCAACCGCCCAUGCCUAUUCCGGGCAACCAAGACAGAUGGGCCCCCGGGUGCGCUGGCAUCAAGCCCUUAACGCCUGAGCUCCGGAAAGUGCUGGCCGAAGCCGACCAAGCAAGGGCAGAAAAGGCAGCACGAAGAGGCGCCUUUCCAAGGAGGAACGGAACUCCUUCAGGAUCAGCAGGAGCUGCCGCAGCCACCCCUGGCUAA